CUGCUAUUGGAGCUGCCGGAUGUCAGAUUUAUCUCCCAGCUCAGAAUACCGCACUGCCAAGGAGGCAUGAAAACUGAUAACGAAAACUGGGAUAUAACGCUGGUGAUACGGAAGAAAACGGGGACGCACUCUGUUAUGCUGCGAUCUAGUCAGAAUGAGUCAGCAUCAGACCUACGUAAAGCUCAAUGAGGAGAAACUCAUACCAAAGUCGGACAUCUUGUCACUGCUGAAGACGUACAACUGUUACCAUGAAGGGAAAAACUUCCAGCUGAGGACUCGUGAGGAGGAUGGGGAGUUUAUUCUUGAAGGGCUGCUAAAUAUCUACUGGGGCCUACGCCGACCAAUAAGACUUCAGAUGUAUGAUGACAAUGAAAGAUUUCGUCUCAGCAGCAGAUUUACCGUGGCGAAGCAGGUGUCAGCAGAGUCUAACAAUAACUCCCUGAGCCGAGAAACUGGACCAGCAGGUGGUGAGGGUAGUCAGGAGGAGGAGGACUCACCUCAGCUACUCAGGACCAGGAGUGAUGCUUCCUUCAUGCGGGUUCAGAGGAGGUCAAACACACACACUGCCAGAGACCUGCAGCGCUUGCGCACACAUAGGUUCUCAAUCAACGGUCACUUCUACAACCAUAAGACAUCUGUAUUUACUCCUGCCUAUGGCUCGGUCACUAAUGUAAGAGUAAACAGCACCAUGACAACCGAACAAGUCCUGAACCUACUGCUACACAAGUUUAGGGUUGAGAAUAAAGCUGAAGAGUUUGUCCUUUACAUGGUGCAUGAGUCUGGCGAGAGGACCCGACUGAGGGAUGGUGAAUACCCACUGGUGAUGCGUGUGCUUUAUGGACCCUGUGAGAAAAUUUCCAAGAUCUUUAUCACAGAGGCCGACCUGGGAGAGGAAGUCACAUAUGAUGUUGCCCAGUACAUAAAGUUUGAGAUCCCCGUUUUAGACAGCUUUGUAGAGAAACUUAAAGAAGAAGAGGAACGCGAGAUAAUCAAACUGACCAAAAAGUACAGCGCCCUGAGAUCUAUGAUUCUACAUCAGCUUGAAAACAGAGCUCAUUCCGGUGACAGAGUAUGAUUGUUUCUGUAGGCUUGUUCUGAUGUGUAAUGGGAAUGGGUGGGUGUGGGUGGGUGCAACACUAAUGAUUGUCGUUUUACUGUGGGAAUAUUUCUAAAUACUGUAGUGAAUGUAGAGGUAAAGGAGAAAAGGUGCUUCACCACUUUGUACCAUCUGUUCUGUCAAUAUUUUUACAAUUAAGUGCAUCACUGUUUUGAUAUAUUCUAUUAAUAUAUUCACAUUUUGUAUGAAAAUCUUUACUGCACAUAUGGAUAUUUAUACUGAAGGGUUUUGGUAAUGUUUUUUCUCACUUGGACCUUUUUAUCUAAUAAAUCAGCUUUAGUGUUGUCCUUUAAAAA